GUCCGAUGAAAACCACGUAUGUCCAUUUUGCCGAUUUUGAGAUUUUUCGACGGAUUGAAUGUCCAGGUUCAUUUCCGUAUACAGCAUGCUUCACAUAUCUAAAUGGCCAAUGAAAAGUUGUGAAAUCAUGUCAUCUGAUUUUCACGUAUAUCCAUUUGGUGUCAAAGCUGUCAAUCACCCCGCGUAUCUCCCGCCCUGUGGAAGCAUCUCGCUGGUCUCGUGAAGUUUCAAGCUCAGUCAGCACUGGAUAGCCGAUUAACACUGUGAGGAUGUCUGUCUCUGUAAAGGAGCUGUGUGAAUUGAUGAACGUCAACUAUGAUAGGGCUGUUAUUGAGGCGAUUGCGAGGGUCAACAAUGAGGAGGAAGAUUCACUUGAAAGUGACAGUUCUCAGACAGCUGCCAAUGAGGAUUCUCUGGAAAGUGAUAAAGAAAAUCAUUCCGAAAUAGCUGCCAGUGAGGACCCACUUGAACACGAUCCAGAAAAUGAGCCGGAUUACACACUUGUCAAUGAAGGUGCCAUUGAUAAUCGGGGAAGGUCAAAGAAGAGGACCAACCCAGACACUUGGAAGGGUAACAUCCAGAAAAGGAAAAGAAUGAGGGGCCAAUUUUAUCUUGGACGGAAAAAAAAUGAAUUUGUCAUCAAAGAAGAAAGAAAAAUGGGCGGCCGGUGCCAAUCUGUGUCCUGCAAGAAAUCAAGCAAACUACACUGCUCCGAAAUUGAUGAAGGGAAGAGGGAGGAAAUUUUCAAAUAUUUUUGGGGGAAAUUGGAAUGGAAAGAGAGGAGAAUGUAUGUGAAAACAUCGGUGGAGGUGAGUGAUGUCAAGCGGCGCCGAACAGAAGCGGUUCAAUCUCGGAGGUCAGCAUCUCUCUCUUGUUGUUUAUGUGUAGAUGGUAAAAGGCUCAGAGUUUGUCAAAGGAUGUUCCUGUCUACACUUGGCAUCAAGCAGUGGACUUUUUUAAAAUGGGUUGGGCGAAGAGGGGAAAGUCCUGAGAAGAUGACGAGAGUGACUGUAAGGACAGAGGAGCAGGACUUCCUAAAGACCUUCCUUCUGGAUUUGCCAAAAGUUCCAUCGCACUACUGCAGGUCCUCCUCAUCAAAGAUGUACCUGGAGCCUUUCUUCAAGUCCAUCAGUCAUCUCCACACACAGUAUAAGCAAUCAUGUGCAGACCACAGUAUCCAGCCUCUGUCACGGCAAGUAUUCACUAACACCUUCAACGAUUUAAAUCUUUCUCUGUUCCAUCCGAAGAAAGAUCAGUGUGACACUUGCUGUGCCUUCAAAGCCGGGAACAUCGAGGCUGCCGUGUGGGAGGAACACUGUGUUAAAAAGGACGAUGCACGAGCAGAAAAGGUAAAGGACAAACAACUUGCAAACAACACCACCUUGGUUGCAUGCAUGGAUCUGCAGGGCCUUCUCCUGUGCCCAAAGCUUCAAGCGUCUGCCCUGUACUACAAAAUGAAGCUUGGUGUCCAUAAUUUUACCAUCUACAAUAUGGCAUCACAUGAAGCAAAAAAUUACCUUUGGCAUGAGGGUGAAGCUGGGGUCUCUGCCAACGAAUUCGCCUCCUGCAUUGUGGAUUACCUUGAAGCACACCCCACUUACAAUGAAUUCAUCCUUUGGAGUGAUGGGUGUGGCUAUCAAAACAGAAAUCUGGUCCUGAGCAAUGCCCUCUUAAAGUUUGCUACUGAGAAAAAGAAACGUGUGACACAGAAGUACCUUGAAAGAGGUCACACACAAAUGGAAUGUGACUCUGUGCACAGUGUGAUUGAGAGGAAGUUGAGAAACCGUGACAUACAUGUUCCAGCUGAGUAUGCUGCAGUUAUCCGAGGAGCUCGUUCCAGUCCAAAACCAUACGAGGUGAAGUAUGUUGGUUACAGCUUUUUCCAAGACUUCAGCAAAGUCAACAUCUGUAAGUCAAUCCGACCUGGUAGCAAAGUUGGAGAUCCUACGGUGCAUGACCUUCGAGCAGUCAGAUACAAUGUGGAUGGCAGUAUGGAGUUUAAAUUACUACACUCUGACAACUGGCAACCCUUCACAUCCCCAUCCCUGAGGAAGACGUGUGUCAUCGUGGCCCCACUCUAUACAUCCGCCCCAAAAAUUAAAGCCCUGAAGUUCAAGCACCUUCAAGAACUGAAACAUGUUUUACCCAAGGACUUUCAUCCAUUUUACAAUGCACUUGACCAUGAGUGA